UCGAUUAAUCAAAAGUCGACUUACGGCCUAUGUAUCCCUAACAGCAACCGACUGAAAGAAUCACAAAAAAUCUAAACAAUCAAAUAAAUAUUGUUAAAUAUAAGAUAAAAUCUGCAAAACUUAAAGUUGCAGUUAAGAAUUGUGUUAAUUAUUUAAUUCUUGUCACAUGGAUUUGUAAGAAUUCCAAUCGAGUCCAUCCAUGGCUGCUGCACAAACGCCUAGAGAUUUAAUCACAACAACAACUACAACGCCAGCUGCAACAACAACAACCAAUGCAUCGAUACCAUCAUCAUCAUCUUCAACAACGAUAUCCCUGCUGGCGCCAGAAAAUGGUGGUGGUGGUGGACACAUAGAAUGUCCAAAUUGUGAUAAGAAAUUACUGCCCCAUGAAGUGGCUGGUCAUGUCAACGAGGAGAUGCAACGUCUUAAACAGACGCUACCGAUAACAACAAGAACAACAAUGGUGGCAUUGCGUGCUGCCAGUGAGGAACUGUUUGAUCGUGAUGAGGAGAGUACCACAUCCAGUGGUAAUGAUGGUGGAACGACAACAACCAGUGAAAGACGUAAACCUUGGUCAGUAUUCCAAAGGGUCCAAAGGAAUCGCCAAUCACGCAUGAGGCGUAACCGCAAACGUCCUGUUCUGCCCGAACAUCCAUGCCCUGUGUGUAAUGUAAGCUUUCCCCAAGAUGAAAUACAACAACAUGCCGAAGAGUGUUUGCGUCGCAGUAAUCGCACAGCAAAUGGCCGCAGCAAUAGUGAUGAUCAUUCCAGUAACGAAGACGAUCCCACCGGCGAGGAAUAUGAAGAAUAUGAAUGGGCUGGCCAGAAACGUAUACGUGUCUCAAGUCUACUACAAGGUGGCUACGCUGCCAUCGGCAUAGGUCAAACCAUAACCAAUGGCAGUAGUGCUGGUGGCAGCAGUAAUCGCCUAAAUGGCCAGUCAGCAGCAGCAGAUGAUGAUGAAGAAGAUCUCAAUGUCGAUGAAGAUGAUACACACAUCUAUGGCCCGUCACAGUAUGCCGAAAAUGAUGUUAUACCCUCACACAUUAUGGACGAAGAUGAGAGUGAUGUUACCUCAUAUAUGAGACGUUUGAUUACCGCGGGUACUUCCCAGACAUGUACGGCCCGAACCACAAACACAACCACCACAGAUAGUUUACAACAUUUGAAUUCCUCCUCAGCUAUAUUGAAAAAUAAUAAUGACAUAAGUAUAGAUAAUCUGCUGCCAACGGCAAUAACAAGCACCACACCAUCAAUACUUAGUACGGCGUCUUUGACAUCGGCCACAUCAUCAGCAUCAUCGCCUGCCGUCGACUUGCUAAAGAACGACCAAGAACCCAAAACGCCUGCUCAAUAUCAACAAAUUAUUGAUUCAUUAAAGGCCAAAUUGCGUCAUUAUGAACAACAGUAUAUUCCGGGUAAAUAUAAAUGCCUCAUAUGCCUCGAUGACUAUCGAAAUCCGGCAAUAUCGGUGGCCUGUUGGCAUGUCCAUUGUGAACAGUGUUGGUUGCGUUCGCUCGGUGCCCGUAAGUUGUGUCCUCAGUGUAAUCUAAUUACAACACCCAAAGAUUUAAGACGUAUCUAUAUGUAAGUGAUUCGAAAAUGACAGCGAAAUUUGUAGAUGCAGUGUGGGUUCAGGGGUUAGUCAUCUCCGGAAGAAAUUUAAAGUUCAUUGAAGGUUGAAAUUGAUUGAAAUUUCAGUUAAUGGUAGUUGGAGUAGUACCUAUGUGAGUUACAACCUAUGUUAAAGUUAAAGGAUGGUACAAUAUUCCUUUUGAAAAAGGAAUUAGAACUCUUACGGAAAGCAUUGACCAGAAAGCCGAAAUAAAAAUAGAUUUGUGUCGAUUAUCUAAGGCCAGUUAUUCGAUCUUCAAUAUGUGUCAAUAACUAUAGUAUCCGGGCCAAUAUUGAUUUAUGGAAAUGAAAGUUGCCCAUAUGUGGCAACCUAUACCAAAGACUUCACGCAAGAUUGAAAGUGAAUCUUUUGGCGAUUGAAGAAGCCCCCGGUCCUAAAUUGGUUUAUCAAUUCCCUGUUGUUAAUGGACAGUCUAAUUUGCACAAAACAGUUUAGUCAACUUGGGCAAAUUCUAAUGAGGCAUGGGAUUAAAAAUUUGCCCAUGUAAGGACAAAUCAUUGCAAAGCCAUCAGAUUGUGAUUCUUAAGAUGAUAAAGGAAACUCACAAUGCUACAUUGGCGUAUCAAUUCCCUGCUGUUGUUGUGGCAGCCCUGAAUGUUUGCCUUGGGCAAAUUUUGUCCAUAUGAGGACAAACGAUUGCAAAGCCUUCAAGAGAGAUUGAAACCGACUCCUUUGAUGAUUAAGAAAGCCUUCAAUUUCAUAUUGGCUUAUCAACUCCUUGUUGUUCUUGUGGCACCUUCAUUUUUGUAGAAUAAUGUAGUUGCGCUGGGCAUUACUGUACACUUUUCUGAGGGUCUUCUGGUAUAUUGUAUUCAUCCUGGGUUUCUAUAAGUAGUUUGUCGCUAUAGUGGUUUAGAGAAUUAGCAUCGAAUGUAAUUACAGUUUAUCAGGUGGAUGUCAGCCACGAGAUAUUCAUGAUCAAGUCAUAAAAGCCCAUAGGACCCAGGCAAAGAGAUGAGAGGAUGGUCCCCAAGGGAAGAAUAUUACAUCUUGCUAAGGCUAAUUCAAAUUUUUAACGUUUAUAGGACAUUUCCUUGAGAUCUGCAAAAAGUCUUUUGGAGAGGUGAAUCAAGUCCUAGUGAUCCACAAUGGAAUGAUAAAAAGCGUCUGCUAGUCAAGACUUCAAUUGUAACCACUCAUAACCUACAAUAUUCAAUAACAUCCUCACAAAUUUCCCAAUAGCAACAAAUGGAAUGAUCUCAAAGAUGGAAGAAAUUGAACGUUCAGAGGGUAUUUUCUAGCGAUCCGCCAGAAUACUUUUGUAGAAGUGGACCAAAACCAUAGAUUCAAUACGGUUUGGUUUGAUUUAAGGUUGUGCAGCUACAGAGAAAGAUGAAGACCUUUGGUCUAUUGUGUAUUAAUGUAGAAACGAGAAGGAGAUUAUAGACAGAAGUAAAGUUAGGAGGUUGGUGAUAGAAGGGAGUUUGUUCUUCUCCCCGAGAUUAGCGGCCAGAUGGCAUUAAAUACCUUCUAACCGGUUUCGAAUUGACAUCUUCUUCCAGCUUCUUCGAUGAGAGAUUUUUUGAUGCUACGUAAUAGUAUUUGCUGGUUUAACAGUCUCAUCAACCGUCUUGGAUCCGCCUCGAACUAAGAAGAAAGUUGAAAUUUGAGGAUAGGAGAGAUGUAGGAGCGAGAAAGUGACAAAAGGUUUUAGAAAAAAGAAGUAUAGUAAGCAGGCCUUCACAUAGCCUACAGUAGGCAGAAACACUGUUGUCCCAGAUAUCUGUCAGAUAUCUUAUAAUGCAGUGACCAAUCAGUAUGCCAAACAUGAUUCUUUGAUCAGACCUACUAAGUGUUCGAAGGGAGUUUAUUUUUCUCCUUGAGAUUUCAACCUCUCGCGUCCUGCAUUCUUAUGCAACAGCUGAAAUUUUGUUUGUUGAAACGGCUAAUUUUAGUUUUAACGAUGCUUCCUAGUGAUCCGCCCAUUUAAGACAUUUGGAGAAGUGGAUCAAGGUCACGAGUUCCAGGUAGGCGAGUUAGAAACAAAAUUGUACACAGACAUAGGCAGACAGUAAUUAUACCCUCAGUCAUAUGGCUGGAGAGGGUAUAUAUCAUUUGAUAUUCUUGCUAUAUUUAAAUAUUUCUCUUAACAAGGAAUCUGAUAUGAAUAUGUAAUUUAUCGGAAAUUAUGAUUUCGCAUAAAAGUGGAUAAAAUUUUUCGAUUUUCUUCAAAUUUUGCACAUACCAAUAUUUUGAAUGAUCCUAACUAUAAAUCCCGAUCGCCUUUAUUAAUUUUAAGGCCGUCUGAAAACACUACCUUGUCUCUAUUGGUAUAACUCCACAAAUCGGUUCGAAAUCUAACUAAGUGGACACGUAACCGUCGAUUCGAUCAAUUUUUCAUGAAAUAUCAUUUGGUCAUCUUUAGAAUAUAAAGUGGGCGAUGCCUUGAAUUGCAGUCAUUGGACAUUUUUCCAUUAUUUAAAUUGAAACACAAAAUUCAGAGGCUAGAAUAUCAGGAUCGAAAUUAAGCAAAUUGAGGUCACUUCAAGUACCACUGAUAAUCAGCAGUCAGUUUUUUUCGACAUAAUGAACACAUGUUAGAAAUUGAGAAGCGUUUUUUUUACGAAUUUUUGAAUUUUUAUAACUCGCCACCACAGUCAGUUUUUAUGUUUCGCAGUUUCUACGUUAGGGAUAGAAUUAGGAUUAAUUUUGCGUUUACAAAUUUGGAGGUUAUGUCCUAUAAAUCUCUUUUUAUACCUCCUCAUAUUCGAAAGUCUUUGAGACUAAUCAAAUGUAAUUCGAAACCUCGAAACAUUUUAAUUCCAAUUCGCGAAUUUCAUUUCCAAAAUUCGGUUUUAAAAUUAUAAUAUUUAAUUUUAAAUACUUUUUCAACUAUUCAAUUUAAAUUACGAAUUAUUUCAUUUUAAAAUUUAAAUUUUAUGGCUUUCCAUCUAAUAUUUGGGGUUACUACUUCAUUGUGAACAAAUUUGAUUUUGAGGCGGGGUACUUCUCCGACUACCAUAAAAUUGUUUUCUUUUCUUCUCUUACGAUUUGAACCCCGAAAACUUGAAUCACACCUAGAAACGCUGCUUUAAAUUCUUUCAUUAUUAUUUUUUU